UUUUCAGGUAAAACAUGGGCACAUCAUCUGUACUUCUGAUGAUCGCCUCGUCAUUGAUUCUUCUGGAAGUUGUGAUGACGUCAUCAACAGAAGUUUCAAAGUCAAAAGAGUUGGAGAAUUUGGUGGAGGUGUUGAGGUGUUUCAAAGAUUUGAAAGAGAGUGGUCAACGGACAUACGUCACUUAUAUCGGAAGCCAAAUGCGUCUUUUUGAUGAUCGAGGUCGCGAAGUAUCGUGUGACGCAGAAAAGCAACAGGAAAUCCGCCAACGAUCCGAUCGUCGAUGCAUCUUCUCACCGAUUCAUUGCCUAUUCGAUAGACGAUUGCAAACGGCAAAACUUUUGCGAUCAGGGACCACGAAGAGACUAUUCGGAGAAAGAAGGAGGAGAUAAUCAGAUGAUGUCAAACAUGAAUUACAAUUAUAAUUAUAAUUAUACUAAUAACAAUUUGUUCAAACAAAGAAAACAGUGAUAUAUCAAACGAGAUGUGUUUUUGAAAUAAACUCCAAAAAAAGUAAA